UGGGGUCACACGUCUACAGGCGCGGAAAGACGUGACGAGAACUGCAACCAAAACACAGACAGAUACCGUGAGGAAGAAAUCCUGACGACACCUCGACGAUCCUGUCUGCAACAGCCAUGAAGUUCGCGACCACAGGACUCCUCUGGACGUGCGUCCUCGUCGCCUCGGUGUAUCUAGACGGGGUAUCCGGACGGAGGGGCCGGGGUGGCAGUGGGUUCCGGUUCCGGAGCGUCCGGAGAUCGAGCAGUAUUACCCGCCUCAGGGUCGUCCCGAUUCUGCUACUGACAUCGUCCCGUCGCCGGCGCAUUAGUAGUAGCGCCAGCAGCUUCCUGAGUGAACAGCAGUGUCAGCGCUGUACAACCUCCUACAUCUACCAGGACAGCACCACGUCCUACUUCAUGACCGGGACCUCCACCUCUCCCGGGUCACAGGAGGUCAGUAUCUGCCGCAACGGGACAGCCGCCUGCAACAACGGCGCAUGCUCCAUCAACUACCUGUGGGCCAACAACACCAUCACAGACUUCCCGGAUGGAGUAGGGGGAGCCGACCCUGCUGUGGGCAGCAUAUCAGCUGAAGUCGAGUCUGUGCUCAUCUGCGGUACCUUGCAGCUUGCUCCAACACUGCAGGUCACCAUACUGGCCGCCGCCAUGGCUACGGUUAUGCAAAUGAUUGGAGGGACCUGAGAAAUAAUCCUUAAAACAGUUAAACCCUGCUGGUUCAUAUACAAUCAUUAAGCUUUUCAGUUACUUAUAUUUUUUUAGCCAGGAAACAAACGUUUCCUGUCUGAAUCAAUUGUCAUGAUCAUGAGAGUUUGUAAUGAUCCAUAUCACUUAUAGAUCAAGAAGAUACUAGCGUUACACUCAAGCCACUUGGAUGCAAUACAAAUGACAAGAUAACGGUGGAUUAGAAUAAAUACUCAAGAAUUAGUAUUAAGGAGACAGAGCAGUGUGGAAUUUGUGCAAUUCGAUAGAGCGAGAGUGAAAAAUAUUCCCCUUUUUUAAAACUUAAAAGUUUAGAGAGUUAACAAUGCAGGUACGACGGAAUAUAUGCCACCUGCUCUGUCUCCGAAUGGCAAUUGUUUAGAAUUAAGAUUUUUAAAAUUCAAAUAUGAUAACUGUAAUAGAGUAUUGAAUUUAAGAAUACUUAUGAACCACAUUCGUUCAUUACCAGUGCACAUGUACAUCUUUCUAGCUUAUGCAGCCCAGUAUAUUCUCCAGUACCUUUAGAUCUUCAUAUCAUAAUAUGAUAUGUAAAUGCACGUAAAAACAUAGACGGACAAAGAUGUUACAAGUUCAUGGAGACAUUCCUGACACCACGUACCCGUCACUAAGAAUUUGUGACAUUUUACCCCAAGGCUAUGUGGUGGUGUUUCGGAAUAAUUAGUUCUACCGAGCAAGUAAUAAGCAAGUAAUUAUAUAAGGACAGGCCAUUAAAAUCUGGCCCGUUCUACAUGUACAUACCUAUGCAAGUAUGACAAUGUUCAAUGACUGCAUCUAAUGAAUUUGAAAUCAUGAAAUAUAUGUGUAA